AUGGGCUUUUCUCUGAUAUUUUCGGUCCUUGCCAUUUUCACACUUCUGGCCUCCUACAGAUCCAUUGCAGCAGACAUCUUAGCACCUAACCAGAACCUUACAGAUGGCCAAACCUUGGUUUCCUCCAACCAGAUUUUUGCACUGGGAUUCUUCAGUCCAGGCAAUUCAGGUAGAAAGUAUUUGGGCAUAUGGUACCACAACCAACCCCUACCCCUAACAGUGGUUUGGGUGGCCAAUAGAGACAAUCCGAUCAACGACUCAUCUGGCGGUCUAAUGAUGAGUAUAAAUGGUUCUCUAUUUCUUUAUAACAAGUUCGUUUGGUUUACAAUUACGAAUGGAACAAUGGCAGGCCAGAGUCCAUUGCUGCAACUCCUAGAUACAGGUAACCUUGUAGUGAGAAAACAGGAUGAAGCAGAUGGAAAAGAUUAUAUAUGGCAAAGCUUCGAUCAUAUGUCUGGUACGAUGUUGCCUGGAAUGAAGCUUGGAUGGAAUCUAAAAACUGGAACCAGCAAUAUCAUGAGAUCUUGGAAAAAUUUUGAUGACCCUUCAGAUGGUGAGUUUACAUUUAGCUUGGAUCCUCCUGAAACUCCUCAGCUGAUUCUCCGGCAGGGAGAGACUAAGAAGUACAGGUGGGGUCCUUUUGAUGGUGAUAGGUUCAGCGGUAGCAAUGAACUGAGGAAUAAUACAGUGUUCAAGCCCAUCUUUGUUUCCACAUCUGAUGAAGUUUAUUAUGCUUAUGAAACUCUAGAUGAUUCUACUUUAGUUCGGUCCGUUGUGACACCACUGGGUUCAAUUCAGUAUCUCACAUGGCGAAAUACUAGUCGAGACUGGAACAUGAUUGUGGAGCUUAACAGAAUCUACUGUGAUAAAUAUGGCAUGUGUGGACAGUAUGGAAGUUGCUAUACCAAUGAUCCAAAUUGCCGGUGUUUAAACGGUUUUGUUCCAAACUCACUACAAGAUUGGAGAUUGUUUAAUUCAUUAGGUGGUUGUAAGAGGAGGUACAAUCUCAAUUGUAGCAAUGGGGAUGGUUUUGUGAAGUAUAAUGCACUUAAGUUGCCAGAUAAUGCAGUUCUGUGGGCAAAUUUUGGGCUCGAGGAAUGUAGAGCAGAGUGUCUGAAGAAAUGUGAUUGUAUGGCCUAUACUAGAAUCAAUGUUCUUGGCAAUGGCAGCCAAUGUGUGGUUUGGCUCCAUGAUUUGAUUGACAUGAGAGAUUCUGCUAGUGAUGGAGAGGAACUCUUCAUACGAAUGGCACGCGCCGAAUUAGAUUCAAUUGCUGAAAACAAAAGGAGAAAGCGUAUUAGAGUAGCUAUUGGAAUCUCCAUAUCAACAGCUUUUCUUCUGGUUCUCUUGGCUAUGGCCUGGCAAAUGAUGAAAAGAGUUAAGAGAAGAGCAGAAGAGGAUACGGUUUCUAUGCCAAUAGCCCAUGACAACAAUUCUUACAACCAUUAUGAAGAAGAAAGUCAAGACGAAGACCUCGAAUUGCCUAUAUUCGGUCUUGCAACCAUUGUUGAUGCUACGGACCAAUUUGCUUUUGGCAAUAAGAUUGGACAAGGUGGUUUUGGUCCAGUCUAUAAGGGUAAACUACCUAACGGAUCAGAAAUAGCAGUAAAAAGGCUUUCACAGGAUUCGGGGCAAGGCCUAAGAGAGUUUAAGAAUGAAGUCAAACUGAUUGCAAAUCUUCAGCAUCGUAAUCUUGUUAAGCUACUUGGAUGCUGCAUUCAAGGAGAAGAAAAAAUGUUACUGUACGAGUACCUGCCAAACAAAAGCUUGGACAACUUUAUAUUCGACCGAGUGAAAAGAAAGCUACUGCCAUGGAAUACACGCUUCGAUAUUGUUUUGGGGGUUGCAAGAGGGCUGCUUUAUCUUCACCAGGAUUCCAGAUUGAGAAUUAUCCACAGAGAUCUAAAAACAAGUAACAUUUUGCUUGAUAUCAAGAUGAACCCCAAAAUUUCAGACUUUGGCAUUGCAAGAAUUUUUGGAGGAGAGCAAACAGAAGAAAAGACUAGGAGAGUAAUCGGAACAUAUGGUUACAUGUCUCCUGAGUAUGCAAUGAGUGGUCAUUUUUCCAUAAAAUCAGACGUAUUCAGCUUUGGUGUUAUAGUGUUGGAGCUAAUAAGUGGCAGAAAGAAUUGGGGAUUCUAUGAUCCAGGACAUGACUAUAACCUGAUAGGACAUACAUGGAAACUUUGGAAUGAAGACAGGUGUCUUGAACUGGUUGAUGAGAUGCUGGAUGGAUCAUUUUCAAUAAAAGAAGUCAUAAGGUGUAUCCAAGUGGCGCUUUUGUGUGUGCAGCAACGAGCUGAAGACAGACCAGCUAUGAGUACUGUGGUUUUCAUGCUAAGUAACGAAAAUGUGGAGUUGCCACAACCCAAAGAACCUGGUUUUGUUACAGAAACUUCCCCCUUCAAAAUUGACCCAUCAUGGAAUGGUCAAGAUUCAAAUACAGGCAAUGAACUAACUAUCACAGCAGUGGAAGGAAGAUAAGAUUGAGAAAUUCAAAGAGUCUUCCAAUUUUGUACAGUUAUUAGCUUUGGUUACAUGGUCACAACUUACAAGUCAAUCACCUCGCACUCGGGGUAAGUAAUCAAUAUGUGAAAUGAGUGCAGAAAGUUUUCUCUGGAGAAGCAUAUUAUGUGGGAGGAAACGAAGAAGAAGAAAUGUCUACUUUCAAAUGGUGCAAACCAAACGCAUGUUGCAUCCGUACGUUCUUUCUUUUGGUUUCCGAAGAUGGAAUGAUGGAACUAAGCAAAGUCAAGCUUCCACAUUUUCUACAGAGGAAGAUGCACCAUACUGAAGAAAGCAAAUGUAAAAGAUCUAGUAGAAAUUAUAACAGUAAACUGUCAACUCACGGUAGUAGCCAGUUACAUGAUCUAAAUUGACCUAUAUUCCAUAUAAUGAAGACAAAGCUCAUUCUCUGUGUACGAGAUUAAGCCCUUGUCCCCUAUAUCAGUUUCUAUUCAA